AUGGAGGCGUAUGUGCUAUCUCUACUUUUGUUUGGUUUCCUAGUACUUACAGAGACCUGGGCAGGCUCCCACUCCCUGAAGUACUUCUACACCGUCAUGUCUCAACCCGGGCUAGCAAAACCAAGGAUCAUCGCCGUAACCUACGUGGACUAUCUGCAGGUCUUGAGCUUUGACAGCGACCUCGAGAACCAGAGCCGGGAGCCCAGGUUGUCGUGGAUAGAGCACGACUACUGGGAGCGGGAGGCUCAGAUCUUCAGGGAGGCCACCCAGCGUUAUCAAAUGUGCCUGCAGAUAGUGCCCGCAUACUACAACCAUAGUGAGCGAGGGGUUCACACAUACCAGCUACAGUCAGGGUGUGAGGUGUUCUCCAACGGGAGCUUCAGCCGCGGCUAUGUGCAAUCCGCAUACGAUGGACAGGACUACCUGGCGCUGGACACCGACACUCUGCAUUGGAUCCCGGGGAACACAGGGGCCCUGAACUAUAAGCGCCAGUGGAAAGAAGAACAAAGCGUUGCGAAACAUUGGAAGGGCUAUAUGGAGGGGGAGUGCGUGCACUGGCUUCAAAGAUACCUGCAGAACGGAAAGCAGACACUACUUCGGAUAGAUCCGCCCUCCGUACAAGUGACCCGACACACAAAUUCUGACGGGGAAGUGACCCUGCGGUGCCGGGCCCAGGGCUUUUACCCUGCGGAGAUCUCCCUGAUUUGGCUGAGGGAUGGAGAAGAACAGCUCCAGGAGACAGAGCUCAUUGAGACCAGACCUGCCGGAGAUGGGACCUUCCAGAAAUGGGCAGCUGUGGGGAUCUUCUCUGGAAGUGAACAGAAAUAUACCUGCCGAGUUCAGCAUGAGGGACUACCUGAGCCGCUCUUCCGGAAAUGGGAGCCGCAGUCCUCUGCCGUAGGGCUCUCUGCUGCAGUCAUCACUGCUCUCCUCCUCCUCCUCGCUGCAGUCAUUGCGGGAGUUGUGAUCUGGAGGAAAAAUGCUUCAGAUGGAAAAAGAGGGAGCUAUACUAGAACUUCACGCAGUGAUAGUGCCCAGACACCAGAUGUCUCUCUUACAGGAAAAGGUGAGAGUCUGGUGAUUCUAGAGAGGGGCUGUGGUAAAGGGGGCAAAUGCAAUGAAGAUGAGUAUGGUGGUGGUUGGGGUUAA